AGCCAGGCCCGGCGCACUGAACUGCAGAUAAUGUGUGAGUUUGAGAAGCUGCAUCCGUUCCUGAAAAAGGAGGAGGCAGCCAGGAUUGCUGUCUUGAAGCACAAGGUUUCAUGGAAGAUGAGAGGGAUUCGAGAGACGAUGGAGGGGAUAAGUAGUGUGGGGAUCUAUUUUCUUACAACUAGAUGUGAUGCCUAGCUUAGAAAGAAUACAUUAAUGAUUAAACAUAAUAGGUUUGUGCUGUACUGAUAUAGAUUGUUUAACAUAACAAGCUGUGAUUAAUGUGAGGAACCGUUAGGGGGUAGGCUGAGACAGGCUUGUGACUCACAUACACACAGCCUCUUUGUUAAACCGCUCAAGGACAUGUGAUCUGCUACAAAGAAGGACAAACUAUGUCUGAGGUUGCUGACUCGAGACAAGUUGUAAAGAUAACAACUAAUGCCUGGCAACAGUGAAGCGCCAAGGGGCUGGGACCAGCCUGUGCGCCAUCGAUAGGUUGGGUAAGUUUAAACCACACCCAGCCUCUACUCUGACAGGCCCCGCAGGGAGCGGGAACUAUCUCUGUCAGAGUAUUUAAAGAAGAACUUAUAACAAAAGCUCAGUUCUCUGUCUGCCCUGCGUGGUUUUUCAGUGGGCCCGUAUAUACGAACAUCAUAUUUACCAUUCAAGUGUUUGCAUUAAUUACAAUACUAGUCUAUCUUAGAAGACGUGUAUUGACCUCUUUUUGUUCCUAUACCAGAUUUGAAUUGACGCAAUUUAACAAUUGGUGACCGCCGACGUGAUCUGGUAGAGGGACUUCGCUGGGUAUUGUCCGGCCGAUUGGACAUCGCUGUCGUUGGACGGUGUGUUUCACAAAGAGUCCGGACUACUAAAAACAGGUAAGCAGACACCUAUUGUUAUAUGACUGAAGUUCUGCACAUUGGCUUUAUCCAAAUUAAUUUUGUGAAACACCUGUUUGAUGUAAGUGACCCAAAUUGUAACUGAAUACCUGAAUCAUUAUCAAUUACAUAAAACACUAUGGUGUGACAUGCAAACUUAUGGUAAAUGUGAGUGUUAAACCAUGGUAUUAUAGAGUAUUGUUCCACUGACACGUACCAGAGGGCUAGGUACGGCUAGGAUCAGAGGGACACUUUAAAGUAUAGGGUGUUGUAUGAAUGAGAGUGCGAAUGAUCCCAGUGUAAUAAAAGAGUGAUUGCAAAUGAAAUAAAAGAGUGAAUGCGGGUUAUUAAAAUUAAUAAGCCUGUAUACCUUGAUAGAAAACUAAUUAGGAGUUAAAGAAGUCUGUAGCUGCUUAAACCGUAUAACCCGUUAGUAAAUUGGGAAUAUAAAGGUAAAGAUAAUGAAUAGUCAAUAUAACUAAAUUGAAAUGUAUUGAACUGAUAUAAUUAAACUGUAACGUUGGUGUUUGAAAUAACAUAACACUGGUUUUAAAGAAGAAAUUAAGUUGAAAUUUGAUAUAUUAUUCAACUUAACGUUGGAUGUUCAACACAACAUGAUAUUGGCUUGAUGUGAUUAAAUUCCCAAAUAUAAAUGUUUUAUGUUUGACGCCACAUUAAUUUAACGUUUGAUGUUUGACCCUGAAUAAUUAGACUGAAAUAAUUUGGUUUAUCGUUGAAAUAUAAAUAUGUGUCACGGGUGCUGUAGGUGGGUGUGGUGCAGGAAUCAAGCGCAGGACGCAGAAACUAAGUCCAAAAGACUUUAGUGAAAUAUACACUUAGUACACGAGCUCAACAAGCCCGGAGGCGAAAUAAAGGCACACACAGGCGUCAAACAAAAGGCGCACUAACAUGUGCGAAAAACCCUCUCCAAAACAACGGAGGGAAACACGUAGCACAGAACACCAAACAGAAGCGCAAUCACACACAACACCUGACACACACAACGAGAACUAAAUAGGACACUAAUGAACACUAACUGGAAACAGGUGUACAACAUCAAGACAAAACCAAACGAACAUGAAACAUACAACGGUGGCAGCUAGUACUCCGGGGACGACGACCGCCGAAGCCUGCCCGAGCAAGGAGGAGGAGCAGCCUCGGCCGAAACCGUGACAAUAUGCACCGACUUUAACUAAUUAGGUGGGAAUAAUUUGAUUUAAAUAAAUAGACUAACGUACUUUAAAUAACGGACGAAUAUUACGUUAAAACGAAAAACGGACAAAACCUGUUCGGAGUGGAAACAGGAGGGAGAACCGCGUAGGGGUAAAUUUAAAGAAGCAGUGAGAGAGAGAGAGAGAGAGAGAGAGAGCGAGAGAGUAGGAGGGGGCCAGUACCCACUGAUAGCCUUACCUAAUCUAUUGGCGGGGAAUGAAAGAGGCCCCAGCAACCUUAGAAUGAGGUGAGAGCUAGUGCGGUUUUCAUUUGGUGACGUCACUUGCUCUAUGAACUGGAAGUAUAUACAUUGAAUGGAUCGCGGAAUGUGUGGGGUGACUGGCAAUGUAUGUAGAGGGUCCCUGGUUCGAACCCAGGUAGGGACAGUGGGUAAAGCUUUCGCAUUGGGGCUAUAGACCUAGGUUACUACGUGGAUUGAGAAAUGUGAAAGGUUGAAUUAGAUAGCUUAAGUAGAAUUAUUCUAGAAAGGUCUAUGAAAAUAUGUUACAAGGUCCCCGCGCCUCCCCCGUUGUGUAGGAAGGAGCAAGGGGAGGGGUGAGAGAUAGUUCAAAUGAUAGGAAUAUCAUUAAAUGUAUGCUUAUCAAUGAUAGCAAGUAUUUGUUUGAUUAAUUAGGGCCUAAUCAGAGAGAACAGUUAAAGAAAUUGAAUAGCGAACUGAAAUGGCGAUAGAGCUGUGAAAAUUGAGUUGAGGACAAAAGAGAAUAAUUUAUGGCUCUGGUUAGCGAGAGAAAAAAAAAUAGAGACAGUCCAGCGAGUUAGAUUGAGCUGUAAGAUUUCAAGUAGAGGUCUAAAUACUUGACUGGAAGGCAGUGCUUUGAUAAAUUCUAAUUGUUAUUACUUUAUUCGAUAGGUUGCUUAACACCAGUGGUGUAAGCAAAUAGUUGGUGAAUUCUAGAACGAUAAUUCUUUUUCGUUACGGGGACCAGGGGAUGCAAGUAGCUUUAGCUAUUAUGCUGAGGGAAUAGCACCAACCUAUAGUGGGUUCUAGAUUUGUUAAAUAAACAAACGUAUAUUUUAAACUAAAGUAAUGCAAUAGGCUACAAUUAUAACUUAAAGUUGGUACAACCUCAGUGUUCUCAGUUAACGCUGGAAGUUGCACAGAAUUUUCACAAUGUACAAGUUCACGCUCAGCAGACAUUUUCUCGGUGCCACAUUUUUUUUUUUAGAGGGAACAUUGUUUGUGGGUAUGAUUGAUUGACUGAUGUGUAGUGGUUGAUUGAUUUGAUUUCCUCUUUUGACCUGCAGGAGUAUAAAGCCACAGCGAAAACAAGGUAAGUGAACUGCCACCUCUCUCGCUCUCUCUUCUUCUCUCCCUCCCUCCUCUGUGGUUCUGAACAACAGCAGCCAUGACUCCAGAAUGUUCUUCCAGAGACCGAUGUGCUGCUGUACCAGAUCCAGAGGUGGCCCCAGGAGGCCUGGCUGUGGCCAAAGAAGAGCUGGUUGACGUGGCCAAACACCUGGGAAACCUGUGCUUUAGAGUGUGGGGGAAAAUGAAGGAGAUUGCGACCUGUAGUGAGUAUCAAUUUAUGAUCUUACUGUGCAAAAUGCAGGGUUAACAGAUUUAAUCAAACAACGGCACUGUAGCUUGUUCUAUCUGUUUGCCGUCUUGCUUAUUCCUACGAUCGUUUUCAUGUGUGACAAUGGCCAUAGGAGGUGGCAAGACCACACAAACAGAUCUGAGACUAGUGGGGUAUACUACAUACCGGGUUUGAGGAGUUAGAGAGGUAACAUUGGUCAUCUCUGAGUUCAACUCGGGAUACCCGGUCGUAUGAAAGAGGCUCACCUUUUAGCCAGGUAAAUUUCUAUGGCAAUGAAUCCUUCAGAACUAACCUGCUCUGGAGCAGGCCACUCUAAUCUGUUUUCCAUGUUGAUUCAACUUCAUCACAUAGAUUUUUUGGGUUGAAAUGACGUGGAAACAACAUUGAUUUAGCCAGUUUUUGCCCAGUGGGAAGUGUCUGAGCCACGAGUUGAGGAAAAAUAAAAUCAGAUACCCUCCCUCUGGAAAAUAAUGUCAUCGUCCCCUUCAUAUGAGGAUGACGACUGAUUCAAUAUUUUAUUAAUACAAUGUUUUUAUGUGUGUACAUUUUUUAAAAUGUUAAAAUACGUAUCACGUGACACAUUUAGUAAUGACAGUAUUUGCUUUCCAAACUGUACAUUUUUCAAGCUAUUGAAUUUUGAAAUUUGCGCAAGGCAAUCCAACCAUAAACAUAUAAUCCAUAAAUGGCAGUUCCCAUUCAAGUCAAGACUGGCAGCCAUUGCUAGUGUGGGGAUCUAUUUUCUUAUAACUGGAUGUGAUGCCUAGCUUAGAAAGAAUGCAUUAAUGAUUAAACAUAAUAGGUUUGUACUGUAUAAAUUGUUUAACAUAACAAGCUGUGAUUCAUGUGAGGAAUGUUAGGGAGUAGGGUGAGACAGACUUGUAUUUCUCACAGACACAUACACACUGCCUCUUUGUUAAACCGCGCUCAAGGACGUGUACUGCAAAAAGGUACUGACUCUACAAGUUGUGAUGAUAACAACUUAUGCCUGGCAACAGUGUGCAACAGUGAAGCGCCAAGGGUCUGGGACCAGCCUGUGCGCCAACGAUCAGUCUCUACUCUGAUUGGCCAGCAGGGAGCGGGAACUAUCUCUGUCAGAGUAUUUGAAGAAGAACUUAGAACAAUGGAUCAGUUCCCUGAGUGCCCUGCGUGGUAUUUCAGUGGACCCAUAUAUACGAACAUCAUAUUUACCAUUGAAGUGGUUUGCAUUAAUUAAAAUACUAGUCUAUUUUAGAAGACGCGUAUUGACCUCUUUUGUUCCUAAUACCAGAUUUGAAUUGAUGCAACUUAACACUAGUGUACCCAUGAGUUUAACAGUCAAAUUGACAGGUUUAGAGGUUCCAAAACCCUUGUAUGGAUUAUAUGUUUAUGGCCACAACGCCACAAGCUGUUCCACAGAUAGAAGGAGCGAUAGGAGUGGGGGAAAAGGUGCUUGUGAAUGAAUAAGUACACCAAUGACGGCGUUAACGAUAAGUAAUAAAAUUAAGGCGGCACCUCUACAAGCCCAUUUCACACCAUAGUCUGAUGCAUUUGUAAUAACUUUUCUUUCAUUUUGAUUUUGGCACAAAUGAAAAUGUGGCACUGACUCGCCCAUGGAUUUAUGUUUUAGCAUUGUCUCAAUGAAGAGUUCGGCGUUCGACUAGCCUUGUGCGACAUGCAUACGCAGUUACAAGCGUGCUAGAGUUAGCGGCAGGCAGACAAGCAUUAUCCGCCGUCGUAGCAUGGAUGAAGCCUGACCUGGAAUGUGAAGCUAACUGAAGCUGGCUAGCUUUAUAAAAGCCUGAGUAGAUCUAGCUUGCUUCGUAGUAUACAACCCAGGCUAGAAUUACUAUAUUACAAUCAAAGGUUCUAAUUCAGCAUAUCUCUGAUAGUUUCACUCAGCUCCUGUGGUUCUGGACCCCAACAUUGCCCACCCAUUAUAUUUGGAGUCUGAUGACGUGCCCGGGAUUUACUUCUUCAAAUGCGAGCUGGGCGCACAGCUGGGACGUGGUUGUUGGGGGCCAUGGAUUCUGGAGGCUGGGUUUGACCGAUGGAGCAAUGGAAGGGCCGGGGGACCAGCCAGACUGCUGUCUCUGGCACAUGGAUGGGAAAUACAAAGUAAGCUCCAAAUCAAAUCCUGAGACUACAAAACUGCAAGUGAGAGCCAGACCUGAAAGGAUCAGGGUAUUUGUGGACAUAUACAGAGGAUACAUGAAUUUAUAUGACCUCAUCAACAAAAAAGCCUUAUACAGACUUUAUCACAACUUUGAUAAGAGAGUUUUUCCAUUUGUUGGAAGCCAGUCUCCUUUGAGAAUUGUACCAGUCAAGCCCACUGUCUCAGUACCACCACACAUCUACUGA